AUGGAAGGUAUAGUUGAGAUUACUUGGGAGAGGUUUAAGGAAUUGUUUUUAGAGAAGUAUUUUCCUAGAUUUCUUCAGGACCAAAUGGAGUUAAACUUUUUAGAGUUAAAACAAGGAAAUAUGUCUGUGGUUGAGUAUGAAAAUAAGUUUGCGGAAUUGGCCAGGUUUGUGCCAACUUACGUAGAGACAGAUAGACAAAAAGCAAAGAGAUUCCAGCAAGGUCUGAAACCCUGGAUUAGAAGCAAGUUAGCUAUUUUGCAAUUGGAUACUUAUGCGGCAGUUGUUGAGAAAACAAUGAUUGCGGAGGCUGAAAAUGAGUUGUUUCAGAAGUCUGAGGAAGAUAAGAAAAGAAAGCCGGAGAAUAGAGAAGGACCAUCCCAUCUAGGGAGGUUCCAAAACCAGAAGAAAGGGAAAUUUCAAUCAGGAAGGAAUUCCAAUUUUAAGAAGCAGAAUAUAGGCAGUAGUGGACAAGGUGGUCGUUUCAUUAUGGGAAAUCAGGCCAAUCAGCAGAGGCCUUCUAUACCAGAAUGCCAGAUAUGUGGCAAGAGACAUGGAGGAGUGUGCAACAAGCUGAACGUAGUGUGUUUUAAGUGCAACCAGAAAGGACAUUAUUCUAGAGAAUGUCAGAAUCAACCAGCGAUAAGAGAUCAGGAAAAUAAGAGCUCAACAAGUAAAGCUCCAGCUAUAGGAUAUGCAUGUUUCAAAUGUGGGAAGCAGGGACAUAUGGCUAGGGAUUGCAAAACAUCAGCCCCAGUUAGUAAUGCACUUAGAAUCAUGGGAACUGUUCCAGAAGUGAAUGAGCCUCCUAGGGCAAGAGUCUUUGAUAUGUCAGUGAAGGAUGCUAUUCAGGAUGCCGAUGUGGUGGCAGGUACGCUUAACGUAAACUCUUUAAAUGCUAAGGUGUUAAUUGAUUCUGGAGCCACUAGAUCAUUUAUUUCUCAAGCUUUUGUUGAUAAGCUGAAUUGUCCGGUUGAAUUGUUGAAUGAGGUUAUGAAUGUAGAGCUAGCUAAUCAGGAUCGUAUUCCCGUUAAUCGAGUUUGUCCUGAUUGUGAAAUUGAGAUUUUAGGAAAUAAGUUUUGUGCCGACUUGAUACCUUUCAAGUUGGGGGAAUUUGAUGUAAUCUUAGGAAUGGACUGGCUGUCUAAACAUAGUGCACAGAUAGAUUGUAGAAAUAAGAGGGUAAUACUAAAGGCACCAGACGACAAGGAAUCAAUAAAACUUGAAGAUAUCCCUGUAGUAAAUGAAUUUCUAGACAUGUUUCCUGAUGAGUUACCAGGACUUCCUCCAGAUAGAGAAAUAGAAUUUGCAAUUGACUUAGCACCUGGAACGGAGCCGGUAUCUAAAGCCCCGUAUAGGAUGGCACCCGUAGAGAUGAAAGAAUUGGCAAAACAAUUACAAAGAGUUAUUGGAAAAGGGCAUGAUUAG